CCCAAAACUCUGCAGAGGCUGAGAAGAAAGAGCCUUGAGAAACAGAACCAAAUCCUUUCCUUAACUUUCACGCCUCCAUUACACCUCUCUGUCUCUCUACCUCUCACUUCUCAUAAAAACUCUGUUCUCUCUCUCUAUCUAUCUCUCUCUCUCUCUCUCUCUCUCUCUAUAUAUAUAUAUAUACACGCCUCCUAUGCAUCUAAAAGUCACAUAACACUUUCUGAUUCACUCCUCAUUGAUUCUAAUCCAAAACCAUGUUUUUUUAGACUCAUACUAUAUGCAUCACAUACUAUCUAAGUAAAACGGAGUAAGGAAAACAGAGUAAAACAGGGUGAAAAACAGAGGUUUUUCAUUUUCUUAUUAUUUUCUUUUAUUUUCUUGGGGUUUCCACUACAUGGGUUCUUGUAAAGAAGGAGAAGAAAAUCAACCAAAGUGCUUGUGGGUUCAAGGGCCUAUCAUUGUAGGUGCAGGACCAUCUGGUCUAGCAGUCUCAGCUUGUCUCAAAGACAAUGGCGUGCCCUCUGUGAUUCUUGAGAGGAGUGACUGUAUAGCCUCUCUGUGGCAACAAAAAACCUAUGAUCGUCUCAAACUCCACCUUCCCAAACAGUUCUGUGAACUCCCAUUGUUUGGUUUCCCAGAAAAUUUUCCAAAGUACCCAACCAAGCACCAAUUCAUGUCAUACAUGGAGUCAUAUGCUGCACAUUUUUGCAUUGAGCCAAGGUUCAAACAGGCGGUUCAGAGUGCUGAGUUUGAUCAUGUUGGUGGGAUUUGGAAGGUUCAGACUCAGGACUGCAAGUAUUUUUCUAGGUGGCUUAUCGUCGCCACCGGGGAAAAUGACGAGCCGUUCACGCCAGAGAUUCCGGGGAUUGAGAGGUUUCAGGGGCCUGUGGUGCACACAAGUGUGUACAAGUCUGGUUCUGAUUUCAGAAAGCAGAGGGUUUUGGUUGUUGGGUGUGGGAAUUCUGGUAUGGAGGUUAGUUUGGACCUCUGUAGACACAAUGCGAGCCCUCAUAUUGUGGUUAGGAACUCUGUGCAUGUUCUUCCUAGAGAGGUGUUUGGCAUCUCAACUUUUGGAAUGGCCGUGUUUCUUCUCAAAUGGAUACCAUUAAGACUGGUAGACAUGUUCCUCUUACUGCUCGCAAACUUCACCUUAGGCAACACAGACAGAUUAGGCCUCCGGAGGCCGAAAACCGGUCCAAUUGAGCUCAAAAACGCCACCGGAAAGACACCGGUGCUCGAUGUCGGAACACUAUCCCAAAUAAAAUCCGGUAAAAUUAAGGUGAUGGAAGGUGUGAGAGAGAUAACAAGAAAUGGGGCAAAGUUUGUGGAUGGACAAGAGAGAGAGUUUGAUUCUAUAAUAUUAGCAACUGGAUACAAGAGCAAUGUGCCUUGUUGGCUCAUGAGUGGUGAUUUCUUCACAAAAGAAGGUAUGCCCAAGACACCAUUCCCCAACAGUUGGAGAGGUGGGAAAGGAUUGUAUACUGUUGGAUUCACUAGAAGAGGCCUCCUUGGGACUGCGUCAGAUGCCGGUAACGUCGCCCGAGACAUAGCUGAUCAAUGGAGGACAAUACGAGGCUGCAAAAGUAGUUGUAACUCUCAUAUGAUCCUAAAGAGACAUCCAUGAACAAAAACAUUGAAAUAACAAGGUUUCAAAACAAAAAAAAAAAAAAAAUUUGUUUAAUUUUCUUCUUUUUUUUUUCGGAGGGUUGGUUUUAUAUGGAGGUUUUAUUCAGCAGAACUCUUAUGUUAAUUUCCCCUUAUUUUAGUUGUAAAUCAACCAAUUUUGCAUAGGGUUCUGCUUUCCCUUCUCAGACCAUGUAUGUUUAUUAGCUUUGUAC